AUGGCAGAACCGAUCUCGGUCUCGGCCUCGGCAUCCUCCGACGAUGCGCCGAUCCAGCAUCAAAAGCGAAUUUGGUACCGGACGACUCUGUUUAAUGCAUUUGUUAUUGGAGGUGUUGGGUUCCUAGCACCGGGAUUAUGGAAUGCGAUGAAUUCCCUUGGUGCUGGUGGUGCGGAAUCACCAUUUCUGAUCAACGCAGCUAAUGCGCUGGUUUUCGGUCUUAUGGGAAUUCUCUGCAUUUUUGGUGGACCGAUUGCGAACCGCAUUGGAAUGAACUGGACUUUGCUGCUUGGUGCAGUUGGAUAUCCUAUCUACUCGGCUGCUUUAUAUACAAACAACCGCUAUGGCAAUGUUUGGUUCGUGCUAGUUGGUGCAGUCGCCUGUGGCCUGUCGGCUGGUUUAUUCUGGGCUUCUGAAGGCGCUGUCGCGCUUGGAUACCCCGAGCCUGCCAAGAGAGGCCAAUAUAUGAACAUUUGGCUUUGGUUCCGAACAGGUGGCCCACUGGUGGGCAGUGCCAUUGUUCUUGGACUCAACCACUCUGCUGCUGCCAAGACUAAAGGAAAGGUCGGAUCUGAGACGUACCUCAUUUUCGUUGCGCUGCAGUGUCUUGCUGUUCCUUUCGCUAUUUUCCUCACCCGGCCUGAAAAUGUCCAACGCAGCGAUGGAAGUGCUGUGAAGGUUAUCAAGCAGGAUUCAUGGCGCGCUGAGAUGGUUGAGCUCUGGAAGGUCACUCGCCGGAAGGAUAUUCUGCUCUUGCUGCCUGUCUUCUGGGCAGCUUAUUUCAACCAGUACACUGGCAAUUUCGAAGUUUACUACUUUGGAGUCAGAGCCCGUGCUUUGAUUGGACUAGUUAGCUACAUUGCUGGCCUUUUCUCGUCCUGGGUUAUCAGUCGGUUCUUGGAUUACCAGAAGGUGCCGGUCAAGAGCCGAAUCACUUACAGUUUUUACUAUGUCAUUGUGCUUCACAUCAUCGCCUGGGUGUAUGGCUGGGUCGUGCAAGAACAGUACACCGCUAACCCGCCUUCUCUCGAUUGGGCCGAUAAAGGCUACGCCAAGGGCAUGUUUGUGAUUCUUCUCUGGCAAUUCUCUCAGCAGGCGUUGCAGAAUUGGCUGUACUACCUGCUCUCCACAAUGACCGAUAACAUUUCAGAACUCUCUCGUCUUUCCGGUAUUCUGCGUGGCCAGGAGAGCUUUGCCCAGGCAGUAUCGUAUGGAAUUAACACUCGGGAUUGGUAUGGAGGCCGAGUUCCUCUUGCAGUGAACACAAUUCUGCUAGGUAUUGCGGUCGUUCCCACCUGGUUGGUUAUCAAGGACCAUUCCCCUAUUGAGCACAGCAAAACCGAGGAAUUGAGCAAUGGAAGCCGCGAUGAGGAGAAGGGCACGCUGGAGAGCAACAGCAUGAGUGACAAGGAGGUCAUUGUUACUGGAGAGGAGGUGAAGAAGGAAUGA